AUGGAUGACUUCCCCGGCAACAUUAGGCACUCCGCAUUGGAGAAGCUUGCAGCACUGGCAGUCCAAGCACCAGUCUGUGAUGAGGAAUCCGAUAUUACGCGACUCACACAGCAUUAUCAGCGCUCGGCAUCUCAUCACUCUAACGGAUUGCUCAAUGGAGUUUUGAAAAAUCAAGCGCCAACAUCGCGAGUGCCUAUGUGUACCCGCGAAUUAGAUGUCCUUCUCGCCUUAUGCAAAGCGGCCGAUUCAGUGACAGAGCCUGAGAACGCAUCCAAAUUAGUUACCCAACUAUCUCAGUACCUUCCAGAGUCUCAUAGCCAGCUUUUCCGUCCUUCACCCUUUCUGCAUAGCGUCAAGCCAUCUCCUUGGGAGACACUUACUCAGAGCCUUACUCUGGCUCUUCUUUCGCUUGGCUCAUACUAUCCAUCUUUGCGUGAUAAGACUUUCAAUGCGGCCAAUGAAUAUUUGUGUAAUUGCGCGGAAGUCAUCGAUGCUGCGAUACAAUUUCAGAACCACGAUGCUGGAGCGGAUAGACACGGCACUGUCCACGAGUCCACGAGUAUAUUGGCAAUAACAGUUUCCCUUGCCGGUUUCUUGCAGGCUUCGGCCCAGUAUACUACCUUCUGGACUGCCAGCGAGAAGUUGCAGAUAGUUGAGCAUAUGCGAUCGAUGCUGUCCGAAGGCUUUAUGAUUGCUGUUGAAACUGCCUCGUCUACAAUUCGUAACGCGAGCACGACUGAAAAUGCUCUCAGGGACUGGAAAAGAUAUGCCCGUCGCUAUGCUGCAAAUGGACGCCCAUUAGGUGCUACUCUCCUGCAGGAGGGGUUUAUGCGUUUUGUCAAAUCAUGUGCGGCAUCUCUGGCUGGUUCACAGAAUCUCUCGGAGGAUGAAUUGUUGGAUGACUACAUGAAUGGGGUAGGCAUCGCAAGGAGCCAUGAUGAUGCUGAUAUUGCCCUCGUUGAACGUAUAACAGAGAUAGUCACCGAUGAGGUUCGUCUUUUGGAAGAUGAUUCUGACUACUUGCAACUCGGGUCUCCCUGGCAACAGCGACUGGCAUUUUCUGUGAAGGCUUUUGCGUUAAUGGGAUUCCUGCAUUGUGUUAUUCUAGGCGAAGACCCGGCGAAGAGUGAUAUUCUUCUCUCAUGGCUGGAGGAUACACUGAUGGACCCAAACCAGAUGUCAUGCGUUGAUCUGGCGAUGGCUACUCUGAAAAGCAUAGCAAUUAUUGCCAGAAUGUCGCCAAACAGUGCAUCUACUGGGAGCCGCUCCCUUCUGAGGUUCAUCGUCCAAGGUAGUGUUCCCACAGGGUCUAUUGUUGCCUGUGCUGCAGGGUGUCUAGCUCAAGUUCUCGGAGCCCUCUCUCAAGAUGCUGUCAUCACGACGCUAUACUCACUGGGGAAUGUGUUGAGCUCUGGCUCUGGUACUGAUAGAACAUACCCAACCCAGACUAUAGGAGACGUGACUGGACACACAAAUACUCUUUCUCCUUUGCCGCAGGCUAGGAAUGGAAGCGUUGUAUCUCUUCCAGUCAAUGGUGGGGAAGACAGUUUGCCCCACAGAAAUGUUAUCCAUGCCAUUGUGACUAUUGCAACCAGCUGCAAUGACGAUAAAAUUAGUGCCUUAGCACAGUCGAUGCUAUUACAAAAGAUCGGAAAGGUAAACGCUGCGGUAGAUGCCCACAUCAUUCAGGAAACAGCAGUCCUUGCUCCAAGUACCGGACAAGCCGAGUUUCAGCUUUUGCUCAAGUUCUAUGUCCGGGUUUGGCGUGAAGGUGUCUCGAAAAGCUAUAAAAAUAUCGCCGAGGCAGUUCAAAGCGCAAUGGCAUAUCUCUCGGUCACGUUGGAAAAAAGCUCUCCACUCUACAGGGUUUAUUUGAUACAUCUCCUAGAGAGUAUCGUAAACAAAGGAGAUGCCCCUGACCUUGAGAAUGACCGACAAAGAGAGGUCGCACUGGCACCUGAUGAUAUCAGCCCUAUUUUAAAGCCAUUAGCACUACUUGUUUCUUCCGAAAGCGAAUCUACAGAGAGUCUCUCAGGAUUUCCGGACCAUGACGAAUAUUUAUCCUCGAUGUUCCGAGACGCAUGGUUCAAUAUUGCAAUUCAUGGGGUUUCAAUCAAUUCAGCAUUUGCUCGGAAUCACUCCAAAGAACUACAUCUACUUGCGAAACAUUCACCUCCCUUGGUUGCUGAAGAUCGCAUGGAGGUUCUUGAGAGCGAUGUGGAACUUAAUACGAUACUCAGACGAGGGAUGAAUCCCCAGCGCGUUAUGGAGCAGAAGAAGGCUUUAAUUUCUGAAUUUCCAAGUCGUGAAUCCGAUAUCAAACGCUUGAACUACCCAAGGGUAGUCUUUCUCAACGCUGCUUUGCUGAUUGAGAGUCUCCGGGCAUCGUCAGGGAACUGUACUAAAUUUCUCGGUUACUUUCUCGAUCCAGCGCUUACUACUGCUGAAAUGGCUAGCUGCAUGAAUGCCAUUGCCGAGAAAGUUGUCAACUGCUACCUCAUGGUAACUAUAUCCGGGAAACAUGAAGAUUAUUCCGCUCCUUUCUUGUCGAAGGAAUUGGCCAAAUUCUUCGUAGCUUGCUGUCAUCGUAUCGAUCGGGUACAGAAUGUUGCAGUGCUCUGUGCAAACAAGAUUAUAGAAGAGUGUCCUUCCGCACUCUGUGAAAGACACUCACUUUUCGCUUUACUCGAACUGCUGACUGUUUUGUGGUCAUCUUGUUUGGAGGAAGAACUUGAUGAAUUUGAAUGGAAUUCUACUUUCACGUCGCCAAGGGGUUUGGUCAAGAUUGACCUGCCUGACAACUACAACUUCAGAAAGAGGACUUUGGAUGUCUUACUUGAGCGCGCCAAGGUGUGGGUGAACACAGUCAUGAGUAUAGCUCCACUUGACAUCAAGGGCCUUCUUCAGACCUACUUAUCUGAGUCUGAAGACGACAGUGAUUAUGGCUACCUUUCGAUAGGUCGUUCAUUUGCACUGGAUAUGGGCUCAAUUAUUCCACAGAGCGAUCAGCGCCUUGGGUCUAUCGAAGGUUAUGGUACUAACCAAAUCAAUAUCGCUUCUGAGUUUAUUUCCCAGUAUACCACACGCCAGAAGUACCGGUACGCAGAUGACCCGUCAAACGACGAGCAAAUUGAAAAUAAAGGAACAAAAUUUUUGAGUGCUAUUGCGCCUUUGUCAGAGUCUGUCGAGAGUGUAGAGUGCGUGUUGUCCCAGCUGAGCCAGCAAAUUAACAGCAAUAAUGUAACUGCCGCCCAUGUUAAAGAUGCGCUGCGUCAAGCAGCGAGUCUUCUUUGCAGCGAAAAGGACACGCCCCUAUCCUUUGUUCACUAUCUGGUCAACAUGCCAUUCCAAAUAUUCUCGAAAGAAUCGAUUAAGAACGGAGUUUCUCUUUGGCUCGGAGUGAUCCACGAAAACCCAAGGGUUGAAUCCAGGAUUUUGGUAGAGGUGAUGGAAGCUUGGGAAAAGACAAUUCAGCGCAAGAAGGGACUAUUCGAUCCCUCUUUCGAUUAUGUUGACCCACUUUACGCCAAAAUCGAGCUCUUACCGACGGAUAAAGCUUUAUUGCUUAAAAAGCAGCAGAAGGCCCAAGAUAUUCUUUCUCCGCACUUACAUGUUCUCCAGUUCUUUGAGAGUCACUUCAGCGCCAUACGUUUAGGUAGUGCUCAAGAUCAACGCCUAUUUUGCCGCCUUGUUAGCCAUACGGCGUUAGGACUUCUGAAAACCAGUGGCCACCCCUUGGCGAGAGAGAUUCAUUUCCGCAUUGCUCUAUUUGGUCUCAGGGUUUUAAAACAUUUCAACUCUCAGAACAAUCUCGCUUCAUGGAAACUCAAGGACCAAAUCUUGUCGGCCGCUCUGAGUUGGUUCAAGCACCCACCUAGGUGGUCUUUUGGUGGUAAUCGAUUGCAAAUUAAAGCGGAAGAAAAAAUAUUGGGUGAUGUUGUCUCUGCUCUAGCAGGGGUUGCCGGUAUUGCUCGUCACACGCAAGGGCCGCAUAAAUCUUUGCAGUCAAAACAGGAUCUUCUUCAGAUCUUGAUCGAAAACGAGAGAUCCCGCCUCAAAGUUUGGCUAUUUCCCUUGGAGCCAGAACGUAAACAUUAUAUGUCCGGAGGCAAAAACUAUCUGGAGGAGGCCUCUUCUCUGCUCCGACUUGCAUGGACCGAAAACCCAGGAUUAGCGAUUCAGCUUGCAGCUCGCUUUCCAUCCAUGAAGAUGAAAAAUGACAUCCGUUGGUUAUUGCUGAACUUCCCAGAAAAGGCUCUUGAAGAACCCAGUGGCCUGGAAAUAAUGUUUGGAAUAGCCUUGCCGGCGGAUAUCUCCUUUCAGCUUAAGUACUUAUUGUAUUGGGCGCCUGUUAACCCCACAGAAGCCCUCACUUAUUUCCUGCCGGCAUAUGGAAACCAUCCGUUUAUUCUACAGUAUGCAAUGAAAGCUUUGGAGAGCCAUCCCAUCGAUGUUCGCUUCUAUUUUGUACCACAACUGGUGCAGGCAUUGAGAUACGAUGCAUUGGGCUAUGUGGAGCGCUAUAUUCUCGAGACAGCCAAACAAUCUCAGUUAUUUGCGCAUCAAGUGAUCUGGAACAUGAAAGCAAAUUCAUAUAAGGAUGAAGACUCUCAGAUUCCGGAUCCGCUCAAACCUACUUUGGAUAGGUUUAUGGAAGUUUUGAUUUCAAGUUUCUCCAACGAAGAGCGUGACUUCUAUGAAAGGGAGUUCUCUUUCUUCAACGAUAUCACGGGCGUUUCGGGAAAGCUCCGCCCAUACAUUAAAAAGAGUAAGCCUGAAAAGAAAGAGAAAAUCGAAGAGGAGCUCCGCAAGAUCAAGGUAGAAGUUGGGGUGUAUCUUCCAAGUAAUCCAGAUGGUGCUGUUGUUGGAAUCGAUCGGAAGUCCGGAAAACCUUUGCAAAGUCAUGCAAAAGCGCCUUAUAUGGCGACCUUCAGAAUCCAAAAGACAAGAGCCCGAUGGGAUGGUCCAGGUGCUGCUGGUACCUCAAGAGCCCAUGCCUCAAGCCAAGGCCGUUUGACAACUCCUCCAGAAUCCACUAAAUCAGAAUCUAACGAGGAGACUUACGAAGUCUGGCAAUCCGCCAUCUUCAAAGUCGGCGACGACUGCCGUCAAGAUAUGUUGGCUCUGCAGAUGAUUGCCGCCUUCCGAAGCAUUUUCUCCAGUGUUGGUCUCGAUGUAUGGGUAUUUCCUUACCGAGUCACCUCAACAGCACCCGGCUGUGGAGUUAUUGACGUUCUUCCGAAUUCAAUUUCGAGAGACAUGCUGGGCCGUGAGGCAGUGAAUGGAUUGUACGAUUAUUUCGUAUCCAAAUAUGGUGGAGAAGACUCAAUCAGAUUCCAGGAGGCGCGUACCAACUUUGUCAAAAGUAUGGCAGCUUACUCCGUCAUUUCCUAUCUUUUACAGUUCAAAGAUCGGCACAAUGGGAACAUCAUGGUUGAUGAUGCUGGCCACAUCAUUCAUAUCGAUUUCGGAUUUUGUUUUGACAUCGCCCCCGGAGGCGUUCGUUUCGAACGUGCACCUUUCAAGCUAACAUCUGAGAUGGUGGCUGUCAUGAGUGGGACUCAUCAUGCAAACCCUCAUGCCCCCGGCAGCUCAGGCGGUGGUGGACUUGCUUUACCUGGAGGAUCUCAUAACCCAACUAGUACUCAGCCCUACCGGUGGUUUGAAUCUUUAGUCGUCAAAGCAUUCCUCGCAUCACGUCCAUACAGUACGAAGCUUUCCCACAUUGUGUCCUUGAUGCUCGACAGCGGCUUGCCCUGUUUCAAGCCUGAUACUAUGAAGAAUUUCCGAGACAGGUUUGUCCUUGAGAGAAGCGAAAGGGAGGCAGCUGAGUACAUGCGAGAGCUUGUUCGCAAGUCUUAUAUGAGCGUUUCGACCAAGGGCUACGACCAAUUCCAGCUACUGACCAACGGUAUUCCCUACUGA